AUGGGCGCUGUAUUAUCUUUCUCAAUCGUCGCUAAUUCUGCCGCUGCUAUUUCCGGUUACCAAACCAGAAUUCCUACUGUUUACAAGCCUAGCCCGUGGGCUCUUGCUCAUGCCACCUUCUAUGGCGACGAGACUGCCUCCGAGACCAUGGGAGGAGCUUGUGGGUAUGGGAAUCUGUUCAAGAACGGAUAUGGAACGGACACAGCUGCAUUGAGCUCAACACUGUUCAACAAUGGGUACGCUUGCGGGACGUGUUACCAAAUAAAGUGUGUCCAAUCAAGUGCAUGCUUCAAAAACGUUGCUUUUACGACGGUGACUGCUACCAAUCUUUGCCCCCCGAAUUGGUCGGAGGACUCCAAUGCCGGCGGCUGGUGCAACCCUCCUCGAACCCACUUUGACAUGGCCAAACCAGCUUUCAUGAAGAUUGCUCAGUGGAAAGCUGGCAUUAUCCCUGUCAUGUACAGAAGGGUGUCGUGCAUAAGGAGUGGAGGAAUUCGAUUCUCAUUCCAAGGAAACGGAUACUGGUUGCUUGUUUAUGUGAUGAAUGUUGGAGGGGGAGGCGACAUUCGAAAUAUGUGGGUGAAAGGAAGCAAAACGAAUUGGAUAAGCAUGAGUCAUAAUUGGGGUGCAUCAUACCAAGCAUUUGCUACUCUUGGUGGUCAAUCUCUUUCUUUCAAAAUUACUUCUUAUACAACUAAACAGACGAUUAUUGCGUUGAAUGUUGCUCCUUCUAACUGGGCUAUUGGCUUAACUUACGAGUCUAAAAUCAACUUCCGUUGA